AUGCGGCUGCUCCCAGCUCUGCUCCUUCUCUGCCUCCCAGGCUGUUUGUCCCUGACAGGCCCCAGCUAUGUGAUGGGCACCACGGGGGGCUCUCUGAGCGUGCAGUGUCACUACGAGGAGAUGUACAAGGGAUAUAACAAAUACUGGUGCCGAGGACAGUAUGACACAGCAUGUAACAUAAUUGUGGAAACCAAAGGAGAAGAGAGAGAAGAGAGGAAUGGCCGUGUGUCCAUCAGAGACUGUGCUGAUAAGCUCACCUUCACAGUGACCAUGGAGAACCUCAACGCAGAUGAUGCUGGAACUUACUGGUGUAGGAUUCAGACGGUAUGGAUCCUGGACGCGUGGUCAUAUGACCCUUCAGUCCAGGUUAAGGUGUUUGUUUUCCCAGCCAUUACAACCACAGGGAGGACCACACGUCCAGCUGCACCUGCCACUCUUCCAGUGGUGAACACCAGGCAGAACGUCAGCACUGGGGAGGUGCUGACCCACAGCUCAGGGUCCCCACUCAGCAACAUCCACUUCCUGCUCCUGGUCUUCCUGAAGCUGCCCCUGUUCCUGAGCAUGCUUGCUGCUGUCCUCUGGGUGAACAGACCUCAGAGGGGCCCCGGAGGGAGACAGAGUCAGCCUGCCCAGGGGAAUCCACCAGGCAGUGCGCCAUCCUUAGGAACACUGUGUCCAGCAAUAUAG